AUGGGCGGCGACAACCUCACUGCCGUCCUCGCACUCGUCGUGCUCGUCGCCGCGAUGAUUGUCCCACUCGUCUUGCUCUUCAGACAGCAGAAGACGCAGGCCGGCGAGGAGGAGGCGCGCGCCGCGAGGCAGGCGGCGGCCGACGAGGCGGCCGCCAAGAAGCGGGCAGCCAAGACGGCCGAGAAGGAGCUCGGCGGCAACCGAAAGAAGAACAAGGGCCUGGCAAAGCUCAAGAAGGCGCACGCGGCGGGCGGCGACGCGGGCGGCGAUGCCGGGCCCGCAGCGGCGGACGACGACGACCACGCCGGUGGGACGCGACGCCAGCGUAAGGCCGAGCAGCGGGCCGAGCAGGAGGAGGAGAGGCAGCAGCGCGAGGCGCUGCGGGAGGACGGCGACGAGCGAGCGCAGACCAAGGAGACGGCGCGGCGGGCAAAGGAGGAGGCGGGCGCCGUGCCGCCGCCGCCGUAUCGAGGUGACGGCUGCGGCCUGGCGCGCACACAGGAGCGGCAGGAGCGGGAGCGGGAGCGGGAGGAGGAGCGGCGGAGGAAGAAGGAGGAGGCGGAGCAGAAGGCGAAGGAGGAGUACGACGCGUGGCGGGGCAUGUUCGAGGCGCGGCGGCGCGGCGGAGGCGGCGAGGCGAGAGCCCAGACCGCGACAGGUUGCUUGGCGGGCGCGGAGGAGGAGGAGGGGCUGCUGGUCCGCUUUGUGACCACGCUGCAGCGGCGCAAGGUGUCGACCCUCGAGCAGCUGAGCGCCGAGUUUGGCCUCAAGACGGCGGAACUAGAUGCGGAGGAGGAUCCUUGGACUCUGGAGCUGUGCUGCAGCCGUGUUCACUGCAUCCGUGGCCCUGGCAGCCACGCGAGGCGAAGGCAUGCCGUGCAGGGCCCCUUCUCCACACCCUUCACCGAGCCUGCACACACCAGGACGGCGGACCUCGUGGCGCGGCUGCGCUCGCUCGAGGCGAUGGGGUACGUGACGGGCGUGGUCGACGACCGCGGCAAGUUCAUCUUCAUCUCGCGCGACGAGCUGCAGGCAGUGAGCAGCUACAUCCGGCGAAAGGGGCGCGAGUCGAACCGGCUCAUCGACCUCAGCUCGCACGAGGCCGAGCCGGAGGCGGACGAGGAGGAGGAGGGAGUGACGACUCUCUCGCUGCCCGUCUGGGCGCGCUGCGCCGCCGACGCGCGCACCUGCACGAGCCUGAGCGCACGCCCCGAGCUCGGCGCCUCUGCGGGCCGCAGGGCGAGCCCCGGAGACUUUGGCGGCGCGAGGGGCGACGCCGCCACCCCUCCUCCGCCGGCUGGCUGCCGCCUCGCCCCCGAGCGGAUGCCGGCGUCGGUGUCGGGCGGAGGCAUCGCGGCGGGCGUGGUGGGCGCGAGCGGAGAGCCCGGCGCCGCGCCCUCCGACACCUCCUCCUCCUCGACCGCCGACACCUCCUCCGUGGGCGACGGUUCCGACGGCGACGGCCCCGACGGCGACGGCGCCUCGUCGUCGGCCGGGAUGGCGAUCCGCUGCGGAGGGCGGCGAAAGGCGGAGGAGGGCGUGCCAAAGGCGCGCGGCUGGCCCGCUAUCGGCGGCGGCGAGGUCGACGGAGACGCGAUCGGCGCCACGCUGCUCGCGCGACGAGCGCCACUGCCGAGGAGCGACGGCAUCGCCGCCCUGCCUUGCCUCGGCGUCGCGGCCACAGCGCGAAGGGCCAGGUUCGCGGCGACCGCGGCCUCGUCGCGGCGAGCGCCCGACGAGAUGACGGGCGAGAACUUUGGCGUCGCGGCACGGGGUGUCGGCGAGUUGGGGGUUGCGGGGCCGAGCGGCAUUCGGCGGCGGGCGCCAGACCAGAGGAUUGGCUUUGCCGCCGCCGAGCCGCCACGGACAGGCUGGCCGGAGGAGUCGCGGCGUGAAGCGGAGAACGGGAGCGACAGGCUGUCGCGGCGAGGCAUUGGCGAGCUCAACAUUGGGCUGGGGCUGGGGCGAGAGGCAGAGGCAGCCGGAGCCACCAUCAAUUCAAAGUAA